GCCGCAAUUCGAGCGGGUCCCCUAGUAGUUCGUUCACUUCUUUCCAUCUGUCAUUUGGCUGUGACCGACGGGAACUUAUCUCGCCCUUCGAUUGCGGCUCGGUUUUUACUCAGCCCAGCGAAGGAUGGAGGGAGACCACAAGCAAAUCCAGACCAACGACGUCCCCACGGCCUCGCUGUCCCAGGAGCAUGUCGUGAGUGAGAAGGCAAGGCAGGUCCAGGAGAGCCAUGCGCCCUCUCUGCCCGCCGAGCUGGGACCUGGUUUCGUCGACAUAAGUGGCGAUGUGGGUGGUACCGGCCAUAACGAGACGUCUGUUGAUAUCAUUGCGGUGCCCUGUCCCGGCGCCGACCCUGUCUGGAGUUGGACCUACAGCCACGAGUUCUACAGCGAUGCCAGCAACCCAUCAGAUCUCGGGUCGCACGAUGUCGGAUCCCGCAGCUCAUUGCGCCGGUGUAGCAGACCGAGCCCCUGGAUUACAAGGGACCUUCGUAUGUCCGCGAGUAUUGCCCGAGUCUUCCUGUACAGACAUCGAGCGUUGCGGGAGGGCAUGACGCUGGAAUCCCUGUCAGAAGACCUGUUGGACCAGGUAGAGCAAGUCCGAAAGGAAGCCGUGGGUCCGUCGCGUCCCCUAUUCUUCAUCGCCCAUAGCAUUGGUGGCUUGGUAGUCAAAAGUGCCUUGGUCAGGGCGACCAAGAUGCCCAGAUACCAGGAGAUUAUAGACAGCUGCCACGGGGUCACAUUCUUUGGCACGCCACACCGAGGUUCAAGUUACAUGUCCACGCCACACCUCAAGGAGAGCAUCCAAGACCUCCUUCACCUCCAUGCGCCUCUUCCUCAGUCCCUGACGCGCCAGGUUCGAGUCAACAACUUCCAGCUUCUCGGCCUCCACGACCUGUUCGUGGACAUGGCAAGCGAACUGCGUCUUUGGUCCUUCUAUGAAACCCAGGAGUCGUUGCUCUCAGGUUCUGCUGCUGGCCUUCCUGGUGACGUCCGGUUCGGGGCCCCUCUGGUGUCCGUCAAGUCUGCGCUCCUGGAUGUCUGGCAAGAAGACGUCUAUGCCGUUGAGAGCGAUCACGCGCACCUCGCCUUGUUUGAGCCCGGCAAUGCGGGCAUCAUGGAGUCCUACCUGGCUGAUUUGUCCGAGGCCAUAAACAAAGCGGCGCAACUCAGCGGCGCCUACACCCACACGCCGCUGCAACUGGGAUCGCACGUCAAGGUUGAAGUCAUCGGUUUCUACGAGGAUCCAGAUGACUCCACGGGAUCAGCUCGGCCGUACAGCACAACACAGGCUCCCGGCGCAGAGACCGGACCCAUUAUCCGCCUCUAUUCCACAACUCACUCUUUCAGGGAUUUUCUGAGGAAAGGGCCGGAGCGUUGCUUAGCGGAACGGCUUCAUGAGAAGCCGAAGCGACGGCCUCAGCUUCGCCACUCCGAACGGGAAACCUUUGCCGAGGAAUCGGGAACGGGGACGGGCGGCCGGAACAUUUCGGCUACCACGGCCCCGUCGUUGCAGAGUAGUAGCACCCCUCAUUCCCCGGAAAUUGUCAUCACGCAACCUUCGGACAGACCGCCGCUUCUAGGGGUACCGCACGCUCACACGGAACCUGUCCGGCCCGGAAGCCCAGAGAGCCUCACGAGCGUCAGCACCACUGCAUCGGAACCAGCACUACUGCUCGGCAGCGGCCUAAGCCCCGACGCGCCGCAUACCUUAGAAUACUUCGCUCAGCAAAAGGCCAAGAUACUGAUAAAGGAGCAUGAGCUCACAGGCACGGCCGCCUUCUGCCGACCGAACCCGUCACUGAGGAAGUUCGUGUGGAUUCACAUGCCGUUCAACAAUCCUGUCUGGGUAAAGGAAAUCUUUGCGACUAUAGCAAAGACCCAAGGACGCGAUUUCUCGCGGAUCUUCGACUACGACAACUGGGUAUCCAAGCAGGUGCAGAACCGCAACUCGGACUCCCAGCCGGCGUACCUGAAAUCCCUCUGCAAGUACCUCUCGGCCGCCGACCGGAUCGCCUCCCCGCGGAUCCUCCCGCCCCUAUCCAUCCCGAGCCCCGUGGGCAUCAUGCCCAACUGUCUCUAUCUGUACAUCCCCUACCUGCACUUCGACACGUACCACAGCAUGAUCCGACGCCGGAAGCUGAUCGCCAAGCGCCGGAGCCACGGGCGAGCGAAGCCGGUGCCGAAGUGGGUGGCGCAGCAGGAUUCGCUCGAGCUGAAGGUGAUCUGGGAGUACAUCGGCUACGACCCGCCGCUGAAUUGCCGGCGCACGCUGGACCAGUUCGGGCACCACUCGCUGAGGGACACCAACUCUCGCGACGACGACCAGAUGCUGUACAAGCUGACCAAGAAGGACGAACCAUCAUCGCGGUGGAGCCGGAUCUCGGAUGACAGUUCCAUCCGGUCGUUUGUUGGAGGCUCAGCACCGUCGGCGAAAGGGGGGUCUGUCUCCAGCAGCCCGGACGACGCAGACGAUGACUCGUUUGGGGUUGAGCCUGGGCCCGAGCUCAAGAACGGCUGUGUUUUGAUGAUCGACCAGCUGUGGCUGUGGUCUAUAGACAUGACGACCCUGACUACUUUCUUCUCCCGGCGGGAGUCGUCCCCUACGGAGGGAACGCUCUUUCAGCAGGCAGACCUUCGUAACAGCGUCUACAACGAGCUCAAUGGCGAUCUCACGGGGAGAACGGAAAACACGCUGGACCUGGCGGCCUUGGUCGUGUGGCACGCCGUGACCGUCCUUCUCGAUCGGUCUUCGCACCCUGACCUCGAGAUAUUCCGCAUCUUUGACGAGGCCAUUGGGAUGCUGGCCGAACGGAUGACGCUGAACAUGAAGCAAUUCCGGAUCCACGCUCUCGACCUGGAGGGUGUUGACGGCGAGGAGGAGCUGGAGGAUUCGGAUGAUCCCGACGACGCCGAGGAUGAAAGCCCGGCUGGCAUUAAGAAACGACACAAACGCGAGAUGGAAAGAUCCGAACGGGAGAAUAGAGAGAACACCUCGGCUCUCCUAGAGCUUCGCGACCUGGAGGACGAGCUCAACACGCUGCAGAAGCUCUUUGACACGCAGGAGUCGACCAUUCGCCAGAUGAAGGAUAUCUACACGAGCGAUACCUUCAGAGACAGCACCAAGAACGGGCAGGAGUACCUGGACGAGGCGCUCGAGUAUCUCGAGGACUACAAGCAGCAGACUGCCGAGAUGCGCAAGAGGGUAGAGACGACGAGGAAUGAUUACGAGAAGAUGCUCGAGAUGGUGCAGCGCCAAGCACAGGUCGACGAGGUCCGCUGGUCCCGCCUGCAAGCGGAGCUGGCAGCGAGCCAGAACCUCUCGGUCAUGAUCUUCACCACCUUCACCGUCAUCUUCCUUCCGCUGACCUUCUUCACCGGCCUGUUCGGCAUGAACACGAUUGAGUGGCAGGAUGAGCGGAUCCCAAGCAUCAAGGAGAUCGGGGCCAUCUCGCUCCCCGCGUCCGUGCUCCUGAUCGUCGUGUCGCUCGUGGCCGCCUUCAGCUACCGCGUGCAGCGCGCCUUCAAGGCCACGUACAAAGGCUUCAAGGGCUCGUGGAAGACGGUCAAGGCUCUCUACGCGCAGCGGUUGGAGCCGGCGUCGCGGAAGGAGGCCAAGAGGAAGCGCAGGGAGGAGAAGAUGAGGCGGCUGAGGGAAGCGCACCGGGCGGAGCGCAACGAUGGCAACUACGACUUCUGGGCCAUGGUCAAGAGGCAGCAGAGGGAGCUGCGCUAUCAGAUACCGGACCAGAACGUCAACAGCUUGGUGUCGGGUGAGGUCCUAGGGAAAAGAAAGUUUGCGUGA